AGUCCUUUGCACUAAACACAUGACGUCAGAAUAGCGCUGACAUUGCACGGCAGUUGCUUCUCACUGUGUUUCACAGGCUGUGCAUCUAUCCCUGGAUCCCUAGAUAAAGUGCUGCAGGAUGGUGGCCCCAGAACACUGUUGCUGCGACUACAGCCUUCUCUUAUUGCUUAUUGUAAUUGUGUCUACAGUCAGUGCAGGGGAUCCCUUUGAUGCCCAGCUGGGAGACAUCACCUCCUGCAGCCAGCAGUGUCAGUUCACCUUCAAGCACAAAAGCUCAAAAGAAGAUGAUGUCCUUGGUGCCUGCUACAGAGGAUGCAGACUUUUUUCCAUCUGUCACUUUGUGGAUGUCACUGCUGAUCUUAACACUACAAGAAGUGAAUGCGAGUCAGCCUGUGUUGAAGCCUAUGCCAAAACUGAUGAGCAGAAUGGUUGCACUACUGGAUGUAGAAAACAGCUUGCUGAAAAUCAGAAGGAAAAGAUCCUGGACUUCCGAAUUCCAUCAUCUUUUUCCAUGUUUGACCUGAUCUCUGGCUUCUGCAGCGACCUUGUAAGCUCGGCUCAGAGCUUUAUCUCUUCCACUUGGACUUUCUACCUGCAGUCUGAUGAUGGAAAAGUCGUAGUAUUUCAGUCUCAGCCAGAAGUGGAGUACCCAGUGCUAGAGCUUCAAGCUCCAAGAUCAGAGGUCACUGAUAAGAACUGGCUUUCUUCACGAUUUAAUACUCUGAAGCCAAACACAGGCAUUCGAGAAAAAGCGGAGAAGACUUUAGGAAAGGAAUCCAGAAUUAAACACAAGUUAUCCCAUUUGGAAACUCCACAAUCUGAGCAUGAUUUUCUGGGGUGUAUGUCCAAACGUUCUGGAUUACCACGGUGGAUUCUGGCUGCCUGCUUGUUCCUGUCUAUUAUGGUGAUGCUCUGGCUCAGCUGUGCUAGUUUGGUGACUGCACCUGAUCAGCAUGUUAAGGCACAGCCAUUAAGCAUAAAUGGUGACAAAGAAUACCUGGAAGACAUGGAAAAGCCAGAACCUUUCCCUCUGCCGCCUGUUGUUGCAGUUACUAUCUGCCCAACUGAAGAGAGUGAGGAGGCUGGGCCACUGCCAGUAAAAGUAGACCUUGGCAAAACUAUCAUCUAAAAUUUUCAUUUCUAAACCUUUACUGCUCAUUUCUAAACCUUUACUACAUUGCAUUAUAGUCUCCUGCAGAAAUAAAGGGGAUAAUUGUCUUGUUAUACUGGUUUUAUGAACAGUGCUCUUUUUGCUUCCUUUCUUUGCAAAGCAUCUGGAAUGGUUUGCUCAUCAAAUUGGUCAGAGCCUGGCAGUGCAUACUGUGCAGAGCCAAAUAUUCCUUGUCAAUUUCUGUAACAAAAUAUUCCAGAGGUUUUCAUGGAUGCAAUUUUCCCAUAGUACAUUGAAAAUUUCCAGUUUGUAUCUUGUACUGAUGUAUGACAAGAUCGGGUUAUUGUACAGUGCUAUAAAAUGUAUGUGCUUUAUAUAUAAAAUGAUAAUAUAAUAUUGUAACAUUAUUAAAGUAAUGAACAUUUAAGAUGUCCGUUACAGCUAUGGCUCAGAUGCAUUCACUCACACUAUGUGUCAUAAUUUGCAAAG